AAACCACAAAAAACGGAUCGGAAGGAUUUUGAUGCGGUUUUUUUUAUGUGAUUUAAUAGAUUUAUAUUACGUGUACAAUGUCUCUUCGAACAAGCAAAGCGUCGUACAGACAACACGGAUAUUCGGGGUCGCGCAAAUCUUUGAAACGAGUUCGAAGUGCAAUGAAGAGAUAUCACGGUGAAGGGAGCCGUGUGAAAGUUUGGCGUUCUGAAGAAACGAAGAAGCAGCCAGUGAAUGAAGAAAUCGCCAUAGAUUACUCUAUAAUUACCCAGAAUACACAACUAAGAACAUAUUCUCGUGUAAGACCGAGUACAGUGAAAGCUGAACCUGUGGUUGAUCCUUUAGAGAUUAAUUGGCCGCAACCUGAUCCGGAAAUUGAUUCAUUACAAUUGAUUGUGGAACCUGGUCCAAAUACUGGUACAAAUAAAUGUUUAUCUGCAAUAUCUGGGUAUCGCAUUGUGGACUUGAAGCAUGUAAUAGAGUGGGCAUUUCUUAUAGAAAGACAUCGAAAUAUGUGUGAAUCGUCACAAAUUGAAUUUGUUAGUGAAAGACUUGAUGGAUUUCGAAGUGAAUUAAUUUUCAAGUGCAGUAUGUGUGAUGAAGCGUGGACGCAUUUUACGGAAAGCAGUGAUAAAAUAAAUACUGAAUUUGUGCGGGCAACUGUCACUUCUGGUAGCUGCUACACUCAAGCAGCUCAAAUAACAAGUCUUAUGGAUAUUCCAACAAUGUCAGCUAACAAAUUUCAUUGUAUAGAAAAAAAUUUAGGCAGUGCGGGGUUUGAACAUUUGACAGAGGAAAUUAAAAAAUAAUAGAAGACUUUGGAGAUUGAUGCACCAGUAGUGGUUUCAAGACAGGAAGAUUCAAAAGCAGAGACACUGUUUCUUCGUAGAUACUGCUUUCCGAAUCGGUGGUAAAUGUUAAAAGUAUGUAAUGAUGUUCCAAAAGUGCUUCUAGAAGAAGUCUAAUUGAAUAAAUAAAUGUUUGAGUUUGAGAGGGUGAAAUCAACAAGUCAAAAUAUGAUUUAUGUUUCAAUUGUAUUUUGGUAGUAGUGGGGUGUAUGCCUAUUAUGAAGUACAGUAUGCUUACUACCUAAAAGCAAAACCAUGUGUUACUAUGUUUUACUAAAAGCUUUUGAGUGUUUCAAAAUUGGAAAUAUGUUUUUCACCUUCCUGGUUAUUAUCACAGUCAUAAUAAAUAGUGUUUUAGAUUUGUUGUUGUAACUUAUAAGUGUUGGUUAAGAAUUAAUGUUUAAAUAUUCAAAUAAUUGACUGUUACAAAUCAGUAUAUUGUAUGGAUCAGUAUAUUAUAAGCUAGGUACUUGAAAUACAUGUUUUAAUAAAAAAAAACAAUAGCGUGAUGAUGGCGUGAUGUAAUAAAUAAAACUGCGUUUUAUUGUAAUCAAUUUUGACAUUAACUAUUUAUUUCACAAAAUUAUUAAAAAAGUUUACGCCAACGAAUAUAACUUAUAUUUUUAAAACUAUCGUUCAUAGUAUAAACCGUAGCAGGUGGCGUUUUGAAGUUCUGUCUACCCCAACCACAGUAUUACAAUAUUAUUUCCUACAGUAAGGAAACGCCUUUGAUGUCGCGCGAUGCCGCCGCUAGUGUAGGUACUCACGCUGCCACGUGUAAAUAUCCUAGGGUUGUCACCAAAUGGGAAAUAAAACAAUUUUUAUCAUUACUAUUAAUAUGUUAUUAUUUAUUCACAUGUACAUUAAAAAUAAUUGUGAUUAUUGAAUCUCAUGUAAAUAUACAGAAACAUAGUAUAAUAUGUCGCCCCAGUGACAUUGUCAUUGCCUAUAUACUACUUAUUCUCUUUAUUAUUUAUUUAUUUUAAAUGUUCAUUUCUAUUUUUUUUUCAACGUUGUCCUUUCUUUGUAAGUAACUACGUAAAAUUAUUUAAAUAAAGAAAUUGUUAUUAUUUUGUAAAGA